AUGAAAUAAGUGCCAUCUUCUAAUGAUUACUCUAUUUUAAGAAAAAUUCAAAUCCCUCAUACUCAUACACAACCUAAAGAGUCUAACAUUACAUUGGGAAGAACUACUAGUUAUGAGUCCAGUCAAUUUUGCAAGAGUUUUAACAUUAUGGCAUUCAGAAGAGCUUCCACAAAAGAAGAUAUUAAUAAUACUCUACAAGCAAAGAACUUACCAUCUACCUAAGAAACACUUACUCUCAUUAAUCUAAAUUUCAUCAAGUAAUCCUAAUUAUAUUUAAGUCCAUCUUCUUAUAUUGAGAUGAAUCAAUUAUAGACAAAAGUAUGGAAAUCUUUAUAGAAAUAGACACUGGUAUUUUAUUUGAAUAUUAUCAAGUAAAAAGUGUAUUCAAUUGACAUAAUUGUAUUAUUGAAAAAUUAAAAUGAAUACGAAUUUAAAUUUGAUAUAAGCAAACUUUCAUGCUUUCUAAUGGUCAAAGAAUUAUCUAACCUAAUUUCAUAAGCUUAUUUGGAUAGAAUUAAUUAAACCAUUUUAAAAAGGAGUUUUUUCUUUCCUUAUUUAUCUAUCUUAGUAGGCAGAGUGAAAACAUAGAAACUUGAUGGAAACAUGAGACUAUUUGAACUAGUACACAUAUUAUUAAAUGGCUAAAACACUCUUAUUUUAUAAGAAUCAACUUAGUCACUUUGA